CUAGAAAGAUGGAUAAAAAUAAACUGAUUCAUGAUUUCCUGGAGGUUGUUUCAAGAGGUGAUGUGGAGCUCAUCUGUGAUCACAUUACUGAAGUCCAUUCCGUCCUUGGGAACCUUGACUUUCAGCAUCCCCAAAGUGGGAAUACACCUCUCAUUACUGCAGCAGAAGAAAACCUAACAGAGGUUGUUAGAUUUCUUCUGGAAAAGGGAGCAGAUAUCACCCUUUGCAAUUACAGCAAUCAAACUGCCAUCCAUGUAGCUAACUGUGAUAUUCAAAGACAACUCUUGGCAGUAAAAGGAACCAAGGCUCCUCAAAUACAACUUCUACAAAGUUCAUGGCAAGGUGAUCUUGAACAACUUCAACACUUACUGGCAUCUGAAAAGUUUCUGGAUGUAAAUUUUCCAAACCAACAUGGCUUAACCCCUCUGAUGCUGGCUGUGAGAGAUGUAGACCUGUUUGAAAGUCUUGAUAUGUUAACAGUCUACAGGCCUGUGGAAGUCCUGUCUGAACUCCUUAGGCAUCAAGCAGAUCCUAAACUCUGUGAUUUCAGUGGAAAAUCAACAAUAUAUUAUGUGUCACAAAUAAAGAGUGGGAGGAAACAGCAGUUAUUGGAUAUCUUGAUGAAUUCUAUACCAAAACCAGAAAGACAUGCUGAAUCAUUGCUUGACAUUUGUCAUGAUACAAACUCUCCUCUAGCUGAUACAAUGACAGCUACCAAAAAUCAAAACAUCAUCUUGCAAAGCAUCAACAGCAGUGAGGAGUUUGAGCAAGAUGAUGACUGCAGUCAUUCCAUAUUGGUUAGUGAAAAAGGUGAAAGACAAGAUUUGCCACCCAGGACAGAAGGUGUUGAGAUUAUUAUGACUUUUCCCAAACAUGUCAGUCAUCUCCAAGAAGUGAGCCAAGAAGAUGUGAAAAAAAGCAAUCAUACAACUUCGGUGCAUCAGGAAUGGACACAAGCGCAUUCUAUUUCUCUGCCAAAUGAAAUUGAGAUGAUGGACUUCAGGACAAAGGUGCUGACCACGAGGCCUUUACUCCUUAAGAAAGAAGCAAGUUCCAAGGAGCUCUGUGAUGUGGACUUUGGCUUUUUAUUGCCCAAAUCUUGCUUAGAACCAAGUACCUCCAAGUCGGUGACCAGGGAAGAGGUUCCUCAAUUUCUGAAGGAGCAGCAAAGAAAAUCUGAAGAGUUUUCUACAUGUGCUAUGAAAUGCAGUAACCGAAGAAUUGGGUUCCCUCAGCCACCACUGUCACUCUUGCCCAUAAGAUCUGAUGUCUUAACCACCCUUAAGAGUUACAAGUUUCCAAGAGAGAGAGAAAGAAGUAUUUCAAGCUUCACAUCCUUUGUACCUAACUUCUCAGUUAGUCCACCACCGGAAGCCUUAUUGGUGGGUCAGAAUCUCAGGACUUCUGGUAGCUCUAUUUGGUCAAGAAACAUGUAUUCUUUUUGGAAAGGUAAUCACCAUAGACAGCACCUGGAGGUGGAGGAGAAUUGGAGGUCCAAGGAAACAGAAAGAUGGGACAAAAUUGAAAUCUCUUGCCUUGAUCAAAGGCAGUGUCCUUUUGAGACUUUUAAGGAAGGCAACAUUCUUAGAUGUCGGGGAGAGGAUAUUGAAUGCCAUGGCAGUGAUACGAGGAAGGCAGAAGAGAACUCCCAAGACCUUUCAUCAAGAAAGAAACAAGGUUCAGCACCCAGAAAGUAUGAGGAAGAUUCAGAAAUUGUAUGUACUUUUCCAAGUAAGCCCCAAGAAGCCCAACAUUCAGAAAUAGCUUCAGUAGAGGAUGAAGAGAUUAGAACGGAUACAAUUGUUUCAAAAAGCCCUUUAUUGCAUAAAAGUGAAGCCACACAAUCAAACAUCUUAGAAGAGUUCACUGAAUUUAAAAGCUUGUCAAAUGUAAUUUCUGAUGGCCCCACUGAAAAAGUCCUAGAAGGCCAUACCGAUAUGGAGACAAACAUGAAAAUAUCCAUAGCAGAAGGAAGCAAAAUAGACAUGAAUGAGAAGAUGCCUCUUGUUAACAUCACUUUCCCUGGAGACAGAACCCCCAAGGAAUCAACUAUAGCCAAACCAACCCUCCAAAAAAGAAAGAGCACCAUUCAGAACAAUAGUUUCAACAUACUUGCGCAACGUGAAAAUGACAAACAUAAGAAUAUCCAUAGAAGAAAAUUGAAUUCAAAGGCCAAGACAAGCAACAGGACAUCUCAGAAUUUCACAAUUUCCAUUCAAGCUUCCAUUAAGCCAAGUAUACAUAAAACUAGCAUAAAAACUCAAGUUUUCCCUGCUUUAGAGCUUGUUGAUCCUAAGUCUCAGCAAUCACCUAAGUUUCAAAGGAGAAUAUCACAAAUAGAAAAGAAGCAGUCAACUUCCCAAACUCAGAAACCUAAAAAGGAGUCAUUUCCUUGCAUCUGUAAAAAUCCAGGAAUAAAAGCGCCUUGUGUUCCUUUCUCUGCUCAACCAACUGAGCCAAGACUGCAUUACCUGGAUCUUAAGUAUAGUGACAUGUUCAAAGAAAUUAAUUCAACUGCUAAUGGACCUGGAAUAUAUGAAAUGUUUGGGACCCCUGUUUAUUGUCACAUGCGAGAGGCUGACCGACAUGAAAACUUGUUUUACCGUGAGUUACAUUCAGCUCCAUCAGGCAGAUGUAUAACCAAUAAAUGUCGCUCUUCCCACAGUGAGAGGAACAGCAGCAGCAGAUCAAGACUUUCUCAAAAAAGACCAAAUGGUAAACCUCCAAAGCCUUCAGCUACUCUUAAACAAAAGCACAAAGGUUUAAUUUCUAAAGAAAAGGGCUGUAAGGCUGCAGGUAGAAACCUACCAGACAUUGAAAAUACUAAUGGUAUUCCAGAAGCAGGACGGCAGAUAAAAUCUUCAGGAAAUGACCUUCUAUCUCCUAGAGAUGGAGCUCAGCCCAUGAACUUGGCCCAGACUCUGGAGAAGAACCCUGAACAGAACCAAUUCCUUCCUGUUUCAAAUUUAUCCAUUGUUGAAGAAAUCACAAUGGAAGAGUCUACCAAUGAAGGAGACAUUUCUAACCAUCAAAUACUCACCACAAGCCUUAGAGAUCUGCAAGAACUUGAAGAGUUACAUCAUCAGACCCCAUUUGUCCCUUUGGAAAACAGCUGGACCAUGCCCACUGAGAAGAGUUCUAUCAAGCAUGUACAGCCAGAAAAGCAGAGUACAACAUCUCUCCAUACGCUAAAUGCCAGCCAAAUGUUAAUGAAUUAUCUAGAAUUUGAUAAUGUUUUAGAUAAGCCUAAAACACUUGCAGAUUUCUCUCUCCAAGAAAAGCAAGAAAGCACAUCUUCCCAAAUAUAUCAAUAUUGGGCACAUUCUUUGGAUCCUGAUAGUUUAACAAAUAAGUCAAUACAAUUUCAAACAUUUGGAAAAACUUCGAAGGAUACAAGUUCAAUUUCUCAAGAAAUUCUAGAUUCACUAAAGAAUAAAGAAUUGACAGAUGAACUAUUAGGCUGUCUAGCUGCAGAACUACUAGCUCUUGAUGAAAAAGACAACAACUGUUGCCAAAUAAUCACAAAUAAAAGAGAUUCUGAAAACUUAAAUCAUGUCCUGAGUAGGAGAGGAAAUACCACAAAAGAAUUGGACAGAGAGAUGACAAAUGUCACAAUACAGAGGUAUAGUAAUAGGUUCAGGAUACGUGACAGGGAGAAGAAAUUUCUGACCUCAAAUGAAAAUAUGUUUUCUGAAAAUAGUUUAAAGCAUGAAGAAUCUGUCCUGUGGACCAAGGGUGAGAUCCUUGGGAAGGGAGCCUAUGGCACAGUAUACUGUGGUCUCACUAGCCAAGGACAGUUAAUAGCUGUAAAACAAGUAACUUUGGAUACCUCUGAUAAAUCGGCUACUGAAAGAGAAUACCGGAAACUUCAGGAAGAAGUAGAUUUGCUCAAAGCACUGAAACAUGUCAACAUUGUGACCUAUUUGGGGACAUGCUUGGAGGAGAACAUUGUAAGCAUUUUCAUGGAGUUUGUUCCUGGUGGCUCGAUCUCUAGUAUUAUAAGCCGUUUUGGGCCAUUGCCUGAGAUGGUAUUUUGUAAAUAUACAAAACAAAUUCUACAAGGUGUUGCUUAUCUCCAUGAGAAUUGUGUGGUACAUCGAGAUAUCAAGGGGAAUAAUGUUAUGCUAAUGCCAACUGGAAUAAUAAAGCUGAUUGAUUUUGGCUGUGCCAAGCGUUUGGCCUGGGCAGGCUUAAAUGGUACUCACAGUGACACGUUGAAGUCCAUGCAUGGAACUCCAUACUGGAUGGCCCCAGAAGUCAUCAAUGAGUCUGGCUAUGGCAGAAAAUCAGAUAUAUGGAGCAUUGGUUGCACUGUGUUUGAGAUGGCCACAGGGAAGCCUCCGCUGGCUUCUAUGGACAGGAUGGCAGCCAUGUUUUACAUUGGAGCACACCGAGGGCUGAUGCCUCCUUUGCCAGACCACUUCUCAGAAAAUGCAGCAGACUUUGUGCGCAUGUGCCUAACCAGGGACCAGCAUGAGAGACCUUCUGCUUUCCAGCUUCUGAAGCACUCUUUUGUGACAAGAAAUCAGUGAACACACAAGGUUCUUCCCAGGGCCUAUAAAUGAUGUUACUGCUUACUUGCGGGGAAUGAUGGUUAAGAUCCUUGUUUUCCUAUUGGAAAUUCAAUCUCUUAACCAGAUUCUGCAGUCACUAAAACCUUACAUAAUAGUACUCCCAAGCAUGAAGUAUUACCCAUAUGUAUGAGAAUAUUUUAAAUAAGAACCUGUUCCAAUGUUUACAGUUUUGGUUAACCAUGAACAGAAUCUUUGCUUUAUACGUUUCCAUGUUCUUUUCCUGUUGUUAGUGUCAAAUAAAUUGUAUA